GAGCGAGCUCAAUAGAGUGGAACAGAAAAGGGGGAGGAAAAAUAGAAGUGUCACGAUAAGAUACCAGAACGGAGGUGUUUAUUUAAGUGGUGUCAUGUCUCUGGCGCAUACUGACACCAUUCUGGACAAGCUGCUUGCUUUGGUGGGAGGCACAACGAUACCUCAGAGAAGCCUUAAGAGGAGUAAGAUAGGAGGGACCGAAAUAGCAGUUCUGAUAACUUUUGGUGACUGUGACCCAAGGAUUAGUAGUGUUUCCUUCUCUUGCCGUUUGUCUUACCCCUGAGCUGCUAUCCUGACUGCAUUUCACUCCAAUCAUGAGUAAACCGGUGACUCUGGCCACCUGCAUUGCCAAGAUGUACGAAGGUGCCAAGCUGGACAACUCUGGAACUGCAUCUGGGACACCAAAGAAGGCCAGUUCGACUCUUCUGGGCAGUCUGGGCCACAUCGAAGAGAAGAUAAACCUCCUGGAAGGAAGGGUUGAACAUAUCACAAAUACACAGAGUUUAGUGCUUCAGAAAUUAGAUUCAGUGUGUCAAGGAAUGGGUGCGUUGGAGAAAAACUUUGCACAAUUCAGACAAGAUCACGCUCUAGGACAAUCCUUAUUAAAACCUCCUCAUAGAGAUGCAGAACAAGGCGUGAGUGACUCAGCUGUGAUCGCUGAGGUCAAAUCCCUUUGUGGAGAAACGGUGGCACUGUUGAUGAGCCUGAAACAAGAAGGCCAGCUGCAGAGAAAGAAAAUUGAGGGGAUAGAAAGUUCAGUGUCCACCCUGGAUAAAGUGCUCGGUUACGUGGGCGAAGCUUUUCGCAGCUCAAAGAUAGUGGACUUCAUCCUCAGUGGCGUCGUACCUUGGAGGAAGCAAGGCCUUCUAGACACAACAGAGGAUGAGAAAAAUACAUCAGAUGAUGAUGCCAGAAAGGCCAAAAGCUCUCUCUGUCACACAGGAACUCAGGCUCCGGAAGAAAUUAAUGAGCAACCUGCAGUCCCACACAAGCAUCUUGAGCAUAAAGUCAAGUCUCCGGCUCUUGGUUCCGCUCCAGCUCUAACAGAGGAGGUUCCAGUUCCUAAAUCCCAGCGCAGGCCGAAGGAGGUGACCCUGAAGAGCAGAGAGCCUGGCCGAGUCCAGGCCUUCGCUCCUGAGAGCCCCAAUGAGUCUGAAGUGCCCGAAGUGAGUGAAGAUCAUAAAGUCUUGCCUGCAGAGACCGUCUCCGUGACAGAAGCUUCUCAGCUCGAGAGUAAAACCCCAGAAACCCACAGUGCCCCUGGGCGGACGGACGUUUCUGCAGCCGCUGUCCCGCUGACUGUGGACUCUUUAAUUAAAAAAGAGGAGCCCAAGCAGAAGAGAGCACGUGAGCAAAAAACUAGAGAAGUCCCUAAAGCCGAGCCAUGUCACGCCACAGAGCCGAAUCUGCCAAUCACAGAAAACUUGGAACAGAAGGAGACAGCUGCUCUGGAAACUCCACAGCUGAGAGAAGCUGAGUGCGAUCCAAAACCCCAACCACUCACCCGGAAAACUAACACCGAGACUGCAGAUGUGGUUCUGGAAAAGCCUAAAACACCCCAGAACAAAUCCGAGCCUUCAAAACACGUCGAAGCGGCAAGUUCUGCACCACAGACCGAGGAUAAUUCGAAAUCUGAAGGCCUGGAUUUACAGUUUCCUAUCAUUGAUGAUUGCCCCCCUCGACCUGCUCCGUUCGAGCACCGCAUCGUCAGCGCCAAGCAGGUUCCCAUCGGCUCCUAUUACACAGUGGAACCCAACGGGUUGCUCGGAGGGGGGCGUUUUGGCCAGGUUCAUAAGUGUGCUGAGCUCUCUUCAGGUCUCACUCUGGCUGCCAAGAUUAUAAAAGUGAAGGGGAUGAAAGAAAGGGAGGAGGUGAAGAAUGAGAUCGGGAUGAUGAACCAGCUAAAUCACGUAAACCUCAUUCAGCUGUAUGACGCAUUCGAGUCCAGGACCAAUCUCACUCUUAUAAUGGAAUACGUGGAGGGCGGGGAGCUGUUCGAACGCAUCGUGAACGAACAUUACCACCUGACGGAGCUGGACGCCAUCGUGUUCAUGCGGCAGAUCUGCGAGGGAGUGCAGUACCUCCAUCAGCAGUACAUCCUGCAUCUGGACCUGAAGCCUGAAAAUAUACUGUGUGUCAGCAGCACCAGCAACCAAAUCAAGAUCAUUGACUUUGGACUUGCUAGAAAAUAUCGACCCAGAGAGAAGCUGAAGGUCAACUUUGGGACUCCUGAGUUUUUGGCACCUGAAGUGGUGAAUUACGACUUUGUUUCGUUCCCUACAGACAUGUGGAGUGUCGGCGUCAUCACAUACAUGCUUUUAAGUGGUUUGUCACCGUUCCUGGGUGAAAACGACGCUGAGACGAUGAACAACAUCCUUCACGCUAACUGGGACUUUGAUGCUGAGGCGUUUGAGAACGUGUCUGAAGAAGCGAAAGACUUCAUCUCUAAAUUACUCAUCCCCGCAAAAUGCAGUCGACUGAGCGCCUCAGGCUGUAUGAAACACGGCUGGCUGAAUAAUCUGGAGGAAAAAGCGAAGCGACACCGAGUCCGUCUCAAAUCCCAGAUGAGACUACAGCGUUACCUAGCAGCUCAUCGACAGUGGAAGAAACACUUCUAUGCGGUGACGGCGGCCAACCGGCUCAAGAGGUUCCAGCAGCGCAGAUCCAUCAACACGCUGUGAUUCUUCCACAAAUACAGGACUGAGGAGGAAAAGAUGGACAUUCCUUUCUUCUUCAUGCUCGAAUCAGUUUCACUGAGCUUCGACUCCAGUGGGGUGAAGAUGUGUGUGAAGAUGACGGGGCAAUGAGCAUGGCACAGACCAGCACCAUGUGGAGACUUCUUUUUCUUUUCUUUUCUUUUCUUAUAGCUAGUCAAAGGAACAGCAGCUGAUUGAAAAAUGACAUCUUAUUGUAGUGAAUAUGUUUCAAUGCUCACUUUAUUUGUGUUGUUUGAUGUACUGUUUUAAACACAACCAGAAAUAAUUGCCACCGAUUUCUCUGCCAUGAGGGUAAAGUCGAUGCUGUACACAUCACACACUCACAUGGAAAACUAAUUCUCCCUUCUGUGAAGGUGUUUUUUUUUUUUUCUCGCCUCAGUCUGAUACUCAAAAUUAGCCUCUUUUACCUUGUGGUGGUUUAAAACUCAUUUCCCAGCUGAGAGUUUUUUUUUUUUUUCUUGCUUCUUGCCUCUUCUGAUACACUUGUUCAGUUAUGCAAUAAAAUCAUGUAGACACUUCUGGCACUUGGAGUUGCAGUGGGAAAUUUUUUCCUGAAGUAAAUUACCUCCCACACAGCAGAGGAAGCGAGCAGCCAAGGGAAGCGAACGUCAGCUUCCAAACCACAACUAAUAAACACGUUCCCAAAAGA